GCCACAACACCCGAGAUGUACCUCGAGAGUAAAUUCCGGCGCUGUAGUCUACUCUUCUGUUAUACUCACUUAGUGUCCCGCUAAGAGAAAUUAAAACAGCUUUGGUAUAAGUGAUUUCGCGCGGCAUUUGACUACUUUAUUUGUAGUAGACCCACUGAAAUUCGGAGUUCAAAGAGUGCCGUAAAACAAAUUGCCUCCAGCCGAAAAUAGUUAAGAAGAGUGUUAAGAGAAUAUAAUAAAAAAGUGCCUGAAUGAAGUGGUAAACUUUUCGUAACAUAUAUAAAGCGGCAAAAAUACUUUAAUACGGAUCGUUAAAGAAAUGGUUGGUAACAUCUUCAAAACACUUAUUCAGUAUUAACGGAGCCGAGUGCAGAGAUCCAGUUGUGGGAGAUCCAAUUUUAAAAUCACAGAUUCGAGCACUAUUUGAACAGCAAAAUGAACGAGACACAGGUAAACAAAUUUCUGCGUUGCCUUCUACAAAUCGAUGACCUUAACUAUUUGGCAUUACACGCACGUGCUGCUGCUACAGGCGGUCUAAAAUACAGUAAAGCUCAAUAUCAGCAAACAACGGAUGAGAUUAGUAGAGAUUCAAGUGACCACAAUCAUGAUCAUGAUGGAGAAGCGUCCAGUAACCGCGAUCUUGUCGUCGCUAAGGUGACUGCCAUGGUGGUACUAUUCUGCGCUAGCACACUGUGUGGUGCCAUACCUUUUAUGCUGAAUCGUUUCUUUCACUGGACAGAGACACAUGCAAAUGCACGUUCAGUGACAGUCGUCAAGACCCUAUUAUAUUUUGGUGGUGGUGUGCUGCUGGCCACGACAUUUCUACAUCUGUUGCCUGAGGUGCAGGAGGCUGUCGAACAAUUGCAGGAGUGUAGUAUACUGCCUCAGCUGAGUUUUAGUUUGGCAGAGUUACUUAUGUGCUGCGGCUUCUUUCUGAUGUACUUAAUCGAAGAACUCCUGCACUCGUACAUUCAAAGAGAUAUCAAAAUGAUGGAAUAUGAUACUGGCGUAGCUGCCGCCUUCGAACGCGGUCGUAGUAUUCGCUGCAGCUAUUUGCUUAGGAGUAGCAACAAAGACGCUACUGUACCAACAGAGGAACCUUGUCAGGAUGGAGGCAAUUUUAUCGGCAAGUUAGCAGAUAAUUGCAACAUAAAAUCUACGGCGGGACUGGUGAUGUCGAGCGUGCCUAGUGUCUCGGACAGUAAUAUGGAGAAUACCGGACACAAAACUAUCCAGCCAGGUUCUCUCUCGAUGCAAGAUCUGAUCGCCAACGAUGCGGAAAAUCAAAAGUAUAGUCAACACCAAUACAAAGAACGUAUACCGGCUGAUCUUCAGAUUCAGCAUCAACAGGAGGAGAGAAAGACAUAUGACUUAUCGCAACCACAACAACAUCAACAUCACCAUCACCACCACUUGCAUCAUCAGAAGCAACAACAUGGCCAUUCACAUUUGUCAAUUGAUGUUAGUAGCGAUAGGGCCGAUACAAUCACAUCAUCUCUGCGCGGCCUAUUCAUUGUCUUAGCUCUAUCGCUGCACGAAUUGUUCGAAGGAAUGGCCAUUGGCCUGGAGAGUGAUGCUUCGGAUGUGUGGUUCAUGUUUGGGGCUGUGUCGGCGCAUAAAUUGGUUCUGGCUUUUUGUGUCGGUGUCGAAUUGAUUGUGGCACAUACGCGCUUCGUGCUUUGCUCAGUGUACGUCUUAACAUUUGCUGUGGUUAGUCCGAUUGGCAUCGGCAUUGGUAUACUGAUCAGUCAUAGCGACACUAUAUCAUCACCCAGCCUGCCCUCGGCAAUCCUGCAGGGACUUGCCUGCGGCACUCUAUUGUACGUGGUAUUUUUCGAAAUUCUGUCCAAAAAUCACGCCGGGUUAGUUGCUUAUUUUUCGCUGAUGAUCGGAUUUAUAGCCAUGUUCGGGGUUCAGCAGUUGGGUGCAGAUGCAAAUGGACACAGUCAUAGCAGUUGCAUCAGCUCAGAUAAUCAUGACCACGACGGCAAGUUGUUUUUACUGAAAGGAGCGCAAAAUGUGUAUACAACCGAGGCGGCGAUAAAUGCUUCCAACAGCCAACACCGGCACCAGCACCACGAAAUCAGCUAUAAUGAUGAUGGAAAUGGCAAUUUCGAGCGCGAAUUGAAAAUCUUGCGGCAAGCAUCAUUGAAGCUAAUACAAAAUAACAACAAAGAUAAUUAAAUUAUUUGUUCUUGAUUUUUAAUACUUAAUUUGUAUACUACAUAUUAUAGGUAUUUUAAUUGAGUUUUUAUGUGUACAUUUAUCUUGUGUCUACAUAUAAAUUGUUAAGAAAUUCAUAUUGAAAAUGAACGGUGCGUCAGUUGAUACGAU